GGAACGGCGCGCGGCCCAGUCACAGCGCACCACGAGCAGCUGCCUAGCCGAUAUAAAGCGCAUGCGCAGAGAGCGGGCCUCCUUCACCACAGCGCCACGUCCCGUACACCCCGGAGAGUCUUGGUCAUGCUGCGCCCCGCUCUCACCCUGCUGGCGGCCGCCGCCGUCGUCCUCCUGGUCCGGGCCGACAUCCAGGAGGAGAACCACGUGCUGGUGCUGAAGAAGGACACGUUCGAGGAGGCGCUGAAGAACGAACACUUGCUGGUGGAGUUCUAUGCUCCUUGGUGUGGACACUGCAAAGCCCUUGCUCCAGAAUAUGACAAGGCUGCAAAACUGUUACAUGAUGAAGGUUCAAAUAUCCGGCUAGCAAAGGUAGACGCAACAGAAGAGUCAGAGCUGGCUCAGAGAUUUGGCGUUCGUGGAUACCCUACAAUAAAGUUAUUUAAGAACGGAGACACCUCUUCCCCAAAAGAAUACUCAGCGGGCAGGGAAGCAGUAGACAUUGUCAACUGGCUGAAGAAGCGCACUGGGCCAGCCGCAGCCACCCUGAAUGACGAGGCAGCUGUAACAGCUCUCAUAGAAGCCAACGAGGUUGCAGUUAUUGGUUUCUUUAAGGAUGUGGAGUCUGCGCUGGCAAAGGCUUUCCUGCAGGUCGCAGAUGCAGUGGAUGACCUACAGUUUGGUAUCACUUCCAGUGACGCUGCCUUCUCCAAAUAUGCCGUUGGAAAGGAUAGCAUUGUCCUUUUCAAGAAGUUUGACGAAGGAAAGAAUGUGUAUGAUGGGGAAGCAACAAAGGAAGACGUUGUUGCGUUUGUUAAAUCCAAUCAGCUGCCUUUGGUUGUUGAAUUCACUGAGCAGACAGCACCAAAGAUAUUCGGUGGGGAGAUGAAGACACACAUCCUCUUUUUCCUGCCAAAAAGUACCUCUGACUACCAAGACAAGCUUGAUGACUUCAAGAAAGCAGCCUCAGGCUUUAAGGGGAAGAUUCUGUUCAUCUUCAUUGACAGCGAACAUGCAGACAACCAGCGUAUCUUGGAGUUCUUUGGUCUGAAGAAGGAAGACUGCCCAGCUAUCAGACUGAUUACUUUGGAGGAGGAGAUGACCAAAUACAAACCAGAAAGCAGUGAUCUGUCUGCUGAGAAGAUCACGGAGUUCUGUGAAAAGUUCCUGGAGGGCAAAGUGAAGCCCCACCUGAUGAGCCAGGAUGUGCCUGAAGACUGGGACAAGAACCCAGUUAGAGUACUAGUAGGAAAGAACUUCGAGGAAGUGGCCUUCAAUGAAAACAAAGAUGUAUUUAUAGAGUUCUAUGCUCCAUGGUGUUUUCACUGCAAGCAGUUGGCACCAAUCUGGGACCAACUGGGGGAGAAAUACAAGGACCAUGAAAGCAUUGUCAUUGCCAAGAUGGACUCCACAGCAAAUGAAAUUGAAGCUGUAAAGAUCCACAGCUUCCCCACUUUGAAAUUCUUCCCAGCUGGAACAGAAAAAAAGGUGGUAGAUUAUAAUGGAGAGCGAACACUAGAUGGCUUCACAAAGUUCCUGGAAAGCGGAGGACAGGAUGGAGCAGCUAAUGAGGAUUUGGAGGACUUGGAAGAAGUAGAUGAGCCUGAAUUGGAAGAUGAAGAUGACCAACACAAAAAAGAUGAAUUAUAA